AUGCUCGUCCAAUUGUCCAGAGCUACCCGCGCCGUUUCGGCUGUCACUCGGCUGGCGAGGCCCAGCGCCGUCCAGAUGAGGGGAUUCAUCGCCCCCACGGUCUCGCGGAGAGCCGACUUCGUCCAGGAGCUCUACCUCAAGGAGCUCAAGGCCUACAAGCCUGCCGCUGUCAAGGACUCCGACGCCCAGGGCCAGGUUCAGACCUUCUCCGUCCCCCAGACCCCCAAGUCCCCCGAGGAGACCGACCUUGCCGCCAGCCUGAAGGAGUACGAGAGCAUGGCCGUCGAGGUUGAGGGCCAGGACGCCGCCGUCGCCGCCGGCGGCCAGCCCGUCCAGCACGACUGGCUCAUGAUCGAGGAGGAUGAGGAGGAGCCUCACCACUAG